CUAAGACUACCGAGAAACAAAGCAGCGGCACAGUCAGCCGGGCUGUUCGAGGUGUCCUUGGUCUUCUAUGGAAACCAGUCAUCUUCCUGAUGGCAGCAUGCACUGCUAUAGUUGCUGGCCUUGGCAAAUUCUGCAGAUGGCCAACAAAUGAAACAUCUGCUUCUGUUCAUCCAUCACGCAGCCCACCAGAUGUCAUACCAGGAAAGGGAUGUGGAAUGCUGGGAGCAGUGACUGCUAUGCCAGUGAACCUGUACAUGCGUGCCAGGGACUUGUUGGCAGGUUCAUGUCCCAACAGCAGUAAAAGCACCAGUCAGCCACUGCUGGGUUAUUCUGAACAAUCUACAUUGUCUGGAACAGAAAGUCCGACAUCUGAUGAUGCCCUGCUUCCCCAGCUGUUAACAUCUUCUGAUGAAGAAUUUGGUGUUGAUGGUAAAGAAAUAAUUACGGCAGAUGAUAGGGCAACCGAAAAUGGAACACCGGUUGAGGAUGUCAUCAAGUGCCAAAAUACGAGCUUCGUGUCCAAGCAACCCACAAGACCAACCAAGAACAGGGGAACGUCUGCAAAAAAGGAAAACAGGAAAGCUACUUCUACCCAAAAGGCAAAGCCACCUUUUGCAAAACCAAAGCUAAGUCAAACACACCUAAAUGACAACAUGAAGGCUAGACAUGGAUCUCAUGCACAUCAUGAACAGACAGCAAGCACUAAACAAAGAAACACUAUUGCCAAAGGUGUAUUAGCAGGCCCAGCUGAGAAACCAAAGCCUAAAGCUUCUGAAAAAAACAGUACCGAGUUGCAGCGGCCAUCGGAGUUGCCCAGAGAGGCAAGCAAACAGGACAGACACAAAAAGAAUCGGGAGAGUCAGCCAAAGAGGUCAACAGAAUCACUGAAACCGCAUUCUGGGCAACGUAUGAAGCAUGCUGCAAGCUUCGAGGAAAAGACUGUGCUACCUAAUAAACCGUCAUCAGGAGCAGCUCCGUUGAGCAUCCCCGAAAUGCAAAACACAAGCAACAAGCAACCUUUAGGCACUGCUACUUGCUCCACUGCAGGACAAAGCAAUGCCCCUUCACAGAAUAAACCACAACCCAAAUCUGAAGCAAGAAAAGAGAACACUGUGGGCCUUCCAGGAAAGUCAGGCAUACCUGAUAACUUGUCAGCACAAACAAGUUCACUGAAAGUACCUGCACCACAGACCACAAUUGAUGAGCAGCCUCCAGAGACUGGUGCUAGCUUUUGUGAAGUGCCAAGCAUUUCCCCUUAUGGGCACAUGGAUGAACCGCAACCCAAAUUCAAGACGGGUGCAAUGAACAAUGCAGGACUUCAAAAAAAGACUCAAUUAUCUAGCAAGCCACCUACGCAAACAGUCUCACCAAAAUUACUUGCACCAGAGAACACUAGCGAGAAGCAACCGUUAAAGGCGACUACCAGAACUACCAAAUCACAAAACAAAUCACAUAAGCUGACAGACAGACAACCCAAACAUGAGCCAAGAAAGAAACACCCUGUAGGUCUUCACCAAAAAACAGAGCCACCCAAAAAUUUAUCACAAAGCGUAAAACAAAAGGUAUGUGCACCAAAGACAAGCAAGAAGCAGCCUUCAGGGACAACAGCCAGCUCCGAUCAGGAACCAGCAAGCAUAGGACAUAGGCCAAGAAGCAGAAUGCAAAAAAUGUCUGAUCCAAGUAGUGAAAAGCAUCCUGUAAAUGUUCAAGGAAGGACAAGUUUACGUAACAAGUCAUCACAACGAGCUCCGUCAAAUGCUCUGGCACCAAAGAAAACAAGCAACAAACGGCCAUCAAGGACAGCAGACAAAUCUGAUGAUGCACCGAGAAACAUUCCUUCAGAUAGACCGCAACCAAUACAUGAGCCAAGAAGUGGAAAGCUCCCUAGAAACCUUAAAGAAAACAUCAGGUUGCCUAACAAAUUGUCAUCACAGAAGGCUCAAUCAGAUGCACCCACACCAAACAAUACAAGCAACAAGCAGUAUUCUAGAUUAGCACCACGAUCUGACGAGGUGUCGAGCUACAUUCCCUCACGAGAGCCAACAAACAGACCACAACUUAAAUUUGAACAAAAUAAUAAAAAGCACCCUGCAGAUCUUCAAGGAAUUGCAGGGUUAGUUGACAAGCCGGCAUCACAAAUAGCACCAGGAUCGCCUCAGAACACAAGUGACGAUCAGCCUUCACAAAACGACGCCCACAGGUCAAGAAGGGAACACAAGACUCCUAGUGACAGCACUAUGGUGGACGACUCUGCAGACAAGAAAAAACAUACGAAGCCAAAAAAACACCAUCUAACUGCAAACAGAAGCCAGGAAGAACCAAAGGAAGACACAGAAUCGAAAAUAACUGCUGGGAACAAGGUUGCAGAAGCACCGAUUGACGACAAAGACAACCAACAAAAAGACUCCACAAAAGAAACUAAGAAACAAUCAGGGUCUCCAAGAGAUGACCAGGCGGCAUAUGUUACAAAGCCACCCACGAGGUCUUCAGAGAAAAGGAAAGGCCUCAAAGUCGCAGGGCAGAAUUCAGUGCCAGGGCCACAGCAAAUUAACACUCAAGACUCGCAGGACAUGCCGAGUGGCAAGUGGCCACACAUUGUUUCUGCGAGAAUUGAAGGUUUUGGACCAGCCGUAGUAAUUAACGCUCGAAAGAUAGAGCCGCAGAUACCACACAGUCAUAAGGUACCACAUAAAAAGAAAUCGCUGCUGGAUGCAGUCCACAAAAUCAUGGAGGCUUGUGCCAAAAUGACACAUCUCCUUGAAACAAGCAGCACUGAUGAUUCCACAUUUUCUAAAGCAAUAAGCUCGAGUCCGAAUUCCAUCUCUAGAAAACCAAAGUUACACGACGAUAUGACCACAGCCAUUGAAAACUAUGGCACUAGAAACAUGGACUCUGAGGAGCUGCCACCUGUAGAUGAAAAUGAGCAAAAUGACAAAAAUUUUAAUUCUAAGAAAAUUUGCAGGUCUAAUGAGCAAAUGGGUAUCAAGAGUGAUUUCUUUUCUUGGUCAACCGGGUCGAAAACCACACCACCUGUUAAUCUAAACAAGCCGCCACCUAGAGUUGCAGACCAAGGUACCCAGACAGAAGGCAGGUUAAAACAAACCAAAAGUGUGGCAACAGACUGUACAGAUAUUUUACCUGCACCUACUGAAGGCUCAAGCGAACAACAUACAGGUGCUGUCAUCAGCAAUAAAGCCCAGAAAGCUCUGCAGAUAGACUUACCAAAAAAUAAUGUCACUUCACUCGUUCAACUCCUGGAAGGAAAAGCCCAGCAACGAGGCAGUGAUGAACCAGCAUCCCCAAAACAGCUUUCCAAUGUAGCGGGUAUGGGGCAGGGCAAUGGUGUGGCGAAUGCCGACAUCACCAAAAGUGACAACGUGCGACCAUCAGCUGUCGGGGAAGAUGUGCCUUUGCCCUUCCAGAAUAAUGGAAAAGCUACACCCAUAGACCGUCCAAAAACACCGCCUCCAAUAAAACUGCCAAAUGGUAGCCCGCACGUACACUCAAUGGUCAAUUUCUUUCAUCAAAGAUGUGCCAAGCAACAGGAUCAAAGUGAGCCAGCUUCUACAUCAAAAGGAGUUGGAGACCACAAACCAGCAACAUACCACAGUGGUAACAAAACUGAGAAAGCGGAAGUGGUGGACAUAAUAAAGCCAUACCAGCAUACUGGAAAUGCAGAGUCCUCCGAGAUGGCUACACAAACAGCUAUCUCCAAUGGCCAAGGGUCAGUUCUGCAUCUGAACGUGCCAAGAAAUGUACGCUCACUUGUGCAAUUGCUAGAACUGAAUUCCCCAAAAAGAAACAAAACCGUCUCUUAUAAACCAGCUUCCAAGCUCGCACGUACUGCUUUACAAAAAAGAACAAAAAAUGAUGAAAUUAGUAGAAGUGAAGACAUGCAAGCACCUGCCUGCCACAAAGACCAACCAUGGCCUUGCCAGCGUCCCAGGAUGUUCAGGCGUACUGUUUCCACGCCCAAGAAAACACGUGAUGCAACUUUCAGGUAGCUCUUUAUUUAGUCAAUGCACAGUAAUA